AUGUUUUAUGUGGAUGCUAGGUAUCGGUCAAAGACUGAACCGCUUUUUUGCCAAUCGCGCCAAAUCCAGGGCGUUCGGCAAAUAAAAAUAAAUAUUGACUUUCUGACAGCCUUGGGGCAAUGAUGGUUCCCCCAAUCCCCCGUUCAAAGCCGCCAUUAUCACAUGCACAACCGCACGAUAAGUUGGACUAAGAUCUUUUCAUUAAACUCAAGGCUGCAAUGAACCAGGCAUUUUUGUUCUCAUGAAAUUUGUCUCGAUCAAUCACAACACCGAUUUACCUGAUCAGACUCCCAACAAUGGUAGAGAAUCUACCCGUUGACCUGCUUUACGCCAUCGGCGAUGCGAUUAACUCCAGGUGUACUCUCGCAUCACUAUGCAGGGUCUCAAGGGCUUUCAACCGCCUUUUCACCCCGAUGCUCUAUGCAAAGAUUCAUGUUCAAGACUGCGAGUUUCAGUCUCAUCUUGAACGUAUCUCAAAGCUCCCAUUUGAGACUCAUCUCGGGUUCACAAAGACUUUGCAUAUUGGACGAAAUAUACCCCGCCUUCCGUUUCUGGCAAGUGGGGUUGAUGUCGACACUUGUCUUGAGAAGAUGCCGGAGUUGGUUUCUCUGGAAGUCACGACAUCUGUGGGAGAACUUGAUCUUUCAGGUGAAGGCCGGAAUGGCCUUGAAUCUGUCGCAAAGCGUGGGAAACUGCGAGACUUGAUCUUGGUGGCAUCCAAGCGGCAAGAAUUCCCAACAUUCAAGACAGUAUUCACAAAUCUACGGACUAUUUCUUUGCAGAGACUUUCGCGAGUCGACCAAGAUCGUCAUAAUGAUUUGGUCGAGAUUUUACUUGCAUCUCCACACUUGAAUCAUCUUGGUUUAUCACACACCAACCGGGAUGAAAUAUGGUCAUCAGAGCUCCACAAACUUUGUCAGCUCUACUCUCAAAAGCGUAUCGAGCGUAACUUACCGCUGCUGAGGAUUGAAGAACUGGACCUAGGCACCGGAUACUUACCUAAAGAUAUGCGAGAACUGGUGGCUAAUCCCGAUUAUCUCUCGCAAUUGACUGAUCUAGGAUGCCUCUCGUCUCUCCAGCUUAGAAAUCAUGCAUACUUCGGGGAAGAGCGACAGUCGAUUCACGUUCCACUUCUCCACGACGCGAUGAAUCUGAAGCGCAUCGAAGUCGAAGUACUCAGCAAAGACAUCCAGCGACUCCUCAAGUACCUCUGCUGGAUCAAUCCCGGAGGCCUCACGUCUCUCUCCUUCAUCGGGCUACAUUACCCCCACGAGAACGACUACUUCAGUGGCGCCACAGUCGUUCAAGAUGUUAGUUCCAUUCUAUCACCUGCUCAACAAGUCGGUCAUAGCUGGUGGAGCUUAUCGUUCACCGAGACGUCAACAGCGCCGGGAACCCACUACAUGAAAGACUUCAUCGGGCAUUGUACUGAUCUGCAGUAUCUCGCUUGUCCAAUGAAUAACUCCAACCUCGAGCUGUUCAAGACUUAUAUGCCUAAUAUGAUGCAUCUCCACACUCUCAUCAUCACCAAAGGCAACUUUCCAGAUCACGUCCCCACCACCGUCAAUGUCAGCACCGAACUCGACGCCAGAAAGAGAGAGCGAGAAGCCGAAGAUACUCAGUCACAGACGCAAUACCAACCAUUCUCAGCACAUCCCGAGAUAAAUCGAGUCAGUACAGACGGCCAAAGACAAGCCAAAGAUCGAGCGCGGGAAAAAGGAGAGAAGAUCCGGAAGGGGAUAGCUGAGGAUUUAUUUACAUUGAGUAGGGAAAUAUAUGGGGCAAGAAAGCGGAGAUAUGAAGGAGAGCCGUUGAAGUAUGUGGGUCUUGGGUAUCGCGUCUAUAGAUGGGUUCUUUCUGGGCCGAUGGCGGGAGGGGCUGAUGGGGAGAUGGAGAGAAGGGUUGAACAGUUGUCGCUUGAUGAGGCGAGGACGUUCAAGGAGGUGAGGAGGGCUUUGCAAGUGUCGCCUGAUGCUCCGUGAUAGGACCCUGUCCCAAUACAUCCUCAUGGCUCAGGAUUAAACCUAUGAAUAAAAAGUAAGCUGUAACCGAUACGAAUAACAACUUUUCCAUCAUGCUACAGAACCCCAUUUACCAAUUUCUAUUCCUACACCCAAUCCACCAACCCAGCCUAAUCCAACCCGCAUGCAUACAUGCAAGUCAUCCUCAUCCUCAUCGCGCCACCCAACCUUCACUAAUCACCACCAUCGUCAUAAUCUUUCGAUGCUGCAACAAUCGCAUCUUCGUAGCUUGACAAACUCUACCAUUAAAUUAAAAAGAGUCGAACCACGCCGUGGGAUUUGAUUCCACCAAAAAUUCCGGAAGCAGGCGGAUUAGAAGUCCCUUCCGACCGGGUAUUCAGACGAGAGGUGGUGCGCAAACCCCGCGGUGAAGCAUGUGGUUGUCAGCUCGCUUGUGGGAGAAGGGCAAAGCCCGUGAAGAGAAAUGCGAUGGAUAUAGAUAAUCAAGGAUCGCAGUAGAACAGAAGAUGAUCUCCGGAAUUAUUCAAUUUCUCAAACAAAUUAUAGAAACUCUCUAUACCACCUCAUCCACUUUUUGUACACACCAACCUCCCUCAACCCACCAUUUGUUCUCCGCCAGCAUCACAAGCCAGCUUUCGGCUCCUAACCUAAAUCCAAUCCAACCCAAACAACAAAUAAAACAAAACAAAAUAAACAUGCCCCCCACCACCUUACGAACCAGCCGCGUCCUCCUCAACACCCUCACCCGGACACGCCAACCCUUUCAUUCUCAAGGAAGAAGAGCAUACAGUAUAUCACAAUUCCAAGCCCUACCAGGGAAAAUCAUAGAUGGUGCAAGAGGAGACUGGUGGGUCCAGGGGAGGAGGAUAGGGAGGGGGUUGCAGCUUGUAUAGUUAUGUGCCGAUUGUUGCGGCGUUGAUGUUUUGGCCGUAUGCGGCGGCGCCGAUUAUGUUGAGGGUUAUGACGGGUUUGUGAAGACGGUUGGAGGGGUGGAUGGGAGAAAGAGAAGAGCAUAGAGGAUGAUGGGUGGGUGGAUGCGUGGAUUUUGUGUAUAGAAGUAUAGUUUUGAGACUUGGAGAAUUGCAUUGCAUGGAGUUUUGAGGGGCUUGGAAUAGAUGUGAGAAGAUAUGGAGAUAUGGUAUACUAGAAAAACGUUUUUUUUUUUGGCUGGGUGGGGAAGGAAAUGGGAACAAACACUUAUCAAGUGCCUGUAAAUACUUGGGCUUUAGUGAUUAGAACAGUAGAAAAGAGAAAUUGGAUCAACGCGCUUUGAUAUUCGCAGUUGUUUACCCCACAGUCCCGGACCAUCCAAUGUGGUCUUGACCCGAAACGCCGUUCCAUGCUUCUUGUACUGCCCCAUUGAAUUACCUCUCACAAAGUAA